CCUUUCCUCUGCGACAAAUGGCUUUUGCCUGCGAGGACAAAGGGUUGAUUUUGAUGAAUACCCUUUUGAUUUUUCUUACAGUUGAAUCAUAAAAACUCUUGCUUUGGAGUUGUGAAUGUACAGAUUCGUAUCGGCGUGGUCUUGAGUGUCUCUGAGUAAACCCGUUUGUUUGUAUUUUCAGAGAGAGAGAGAGAGGGAGAAAUUUCGAGGAACCUGCGUUGUUUAUGAUCCUCGAAUGUUUUGGGAUUUUUUUUUUGUCAGGACGCGUCUUGUGUGAAUGAAAGAGGAUUUUUUUCCAUUUCAGGUCUCUCUGUCAUUUACCAUUUUUGUUUCAAAUAUUUCCAAUCAAAUUCUCUUUCUCAUUUUACCCACCAAAAAAAAAAAAAAUCUCCUUCUCGACCUGAAAAAUAUACUCUGUUCAUGGAAGCCAUCAAUUGAUCCUUCUCAGCUUUCGUUUCUUCGAGGCGGGGACUCUCUAUCUAGCCAGCCAAAAAAACCCUUCUUCUGCAUCUUUACGAGAGACAUGGUUGAACGAAGUUACAGCUUGAACAUGUCCAGAACAAGAAUGACGGAUCUAAGGAUAGCCCUUUACGAACAGACGGAAAUCAUACAUCAACUUCAGGAGGAGUUGGAAGCGGAGAGGGAAGCGUCAGCUUCAUCAGCAAGCGAAGCUUUAGCCAUGAUACUCCGGCUGCAGAUAGAGAAGGAAAAGCUCGCAAUGGAAGCCAACCACGCCGAAAUCUCUCUGGAUUUCCUGAAGGGCUUGAUUCACCAGAAAGAACUCGAAAUCACCGCUCUUGAAUACCAAGUCCAAGCUUACAGGUUCAAGCUUUUGAGCUCGGGAUGGGGAGAUUUUCCCGGGCACGAUGAUCUUAGGUUGAAGGUGAAUAACUUGUCAUUGUAUGCACAUACAGGUGAUUCUGGUAGAAGAGUAAGUGAUACGAGAUGUGAUAUGUCUCGGAUACCGGUUCCCGAGCCAGUUUUAGAUCUCUCAGAUCCCGUGGAGAAGGGUGUUAUCGAGCAGAGCGUGGACUCGGGAAAAUAUUCGGAUAAAUUUCUUUCCGGUUCUCCUCGUGGGGAUUUGGAUCCAUACUGGGAGCAUAUAAAGAAGCUGGAUGAAAGGGUUGAAGAGAUUACAGGCUUUCGAGAUUCUUUGAUAGAGAAAUACAAGAAGCUGAAGCAAGAUUCUGUAACGGUGUCUGAGAAAGGGGAAAAGGGUGAAGAUUUUGAAAGCUGGUCGAACGAUCAAGACAUAUUUGAGGAGAAAGCUAAGGUGCCAGUGAAGAUGGUGUCAAAGCAGAAAAGGCUGGAAAAGAAACCAUCAAAACAGAUAAGAGACCGGGUACGUGUAAGUUGUUCUGUGAAUGGAGCAGAGUAUCGAGCCGAGUUGCAGAGGUUGAGAGAGAGAAUAGAGCGGCUCGAGGCGGAGAGAACAAGUGAAGUCACUGAAACCAGUGGAGAGAAGAGUUUAUGGAAGCAAAUAAAGGAAGAGUUCAUCUCGGUGAUAUCUGAAAUCAAGAUUUCGAUAACAAACAACAAGUUACGUCCCGGGGAAAACCCGUCUCCCCGUACCCUUCAAGAGGCAAUGCUUCACUUCUGGUUCUGAAACUCUUUAACUCAUAUUUCUGCAAACAGAGAGGGUGAGAUUCAACGAGUCUGAAGAAUGUGAUUGAUAUUGUUAUUUUGUUUUUUCUUUCAUCUGUGUUGUUUUCUAUAAAGGAAUAUCCAUAUAUGAUGUAUAUAACGUAUAUGUAUCGACAUGAUUCUGAGUUUU